AUGCACAAGCUCACGCCGACCGAGGCGGCCGCCGUCCUCAUGCGCAUCAAGCCGAACGCGUCUGCCAUGACGCCCGGGUGGGAGGUCGAGAUGCCGAGGCCGAAUAGCGCACGUGCACGCCCGCUUAUCGGUGCCGAUCCCCGGACCAAGACUUGGCAGACAAAGGGCGCGUGGGUGUACGGUUCCAUUCCUGGCGACCGCGCGGCACCAACCAUCGUGUGGCUCGUCUAG